AUGGUGACCACAAGAAACACGAACGCGGAGGAUCAGUCGGAGAUGUUGAGGUUAAUGGAGCAGAGGAUGACGGAGAUGCAGCGAAAGCAUGAAGAGGAAAUGGCUGCGGUGAGGGCUGAAUGCUUGGCCCAGAUAGCGAAAAGUAAGAACGGGGGAGGCGGAGGCGAGCAAGGCGAGGGAGCAGGGGAGAGGCGGACGCCGUUAGAGGAGGAAAACAGUAGCGCUCAGGCGGGGGGAAAAGAAGAAGGGGGUAAUAAGGACAGCCGAUCUCUGGUAAAAGUGGAAGAAUCAACCACUAUGGUGCCUUUUGUGCGAGAGAUUAUGGAAGUGCACAUAUCGGAGCAAUUUGUGCCCCCUCAAUUCAAAAUGUACGACGGAACUUCAGACCCGACCGCUCAUGUUAAAUCGUUCAUCAACGCCAUGACUUUCCGCACCGGAUGCGAUGCCAUUUGGUGCAGGGCUUUCUCUCUGUCCUUGGAGGGAGAAGCUUUAGAGUGGUUUAACUCCCUGCCGGUGAAUUCCAUUGAGAACUUCAAAAGUUUAGGAGAGAUGUUCAAGAAACAAUUCGCCGCCUACCCCGUUCUUAAUGUCGAGACUAGAUACCGGCAGGUGGAGAAAGUCGCGCUGGCUUUGCUCCACGCAGCCCGACGGUUGAGGCCUUAUUUUCAGAGCCAUCAAGUGGUGGUCCGAACGAACCACCCGAUAUCAAAGGUAUUGAGGAAGCCCGACCUAGCGGGACGCAUGGUGGUUUGGGCUGUGGAACUGUCCGAGUUCGGUCUACGCUAUGAACCCAGGGGCUCCAUCAAAGGACAACACCUGGCGGACUUCGCUGCAGAAUUGCCACCAGCGGGGGACGACGUGUGGAAUUUGUAUGUGGACGGAGCGUCCGGUAAGAAGAUGAGCGGGGCGGGAAUCGUCCUAGAGGGGCCAAACGGUUUUCUCCUAGAGCACUCCCUCCUGUUCAAAUUCAAGACAUCCAACAACCAGGCGGAAUACGAAGCACCAGUGGCCGGGCUAGAGCUGGCCAAGGAUAUGGGAGCCAAAAAAUUGAUCUGCCGAACCGACUCACAACUGGUGGUCGGGCAGAUGAACGGGGAGUUCCAAGUCAAAGAGGACCACCUCUCUAAAUACUUUCAUAAAGCAUCCGCUCUGAUCUCUGAAUUCGAAGAUGCAAACAUCCAGCAUAUUCCCCGAGAACAAAACGCGAGAGCGGACCUGUUAUCCAAACUUUGUUCCGGCAAGGACAAGGGACAACUCACUACGGUUAUCAGACAGGUCCUCCUCCAGCCUUCCAUCGAUUGCCAUGCGAUUACCACCGAUGCCACCGACUGGAGGGGAGAGAUAAGGGGAUUGAUAAGAAAGCAGGAUGAUGGAAGCCCCCUACGGCCGGAAGAAACGAAGAAGAUAGCCCGUUUUCUGCUGGUGGGUGACGACAUGUACAGGAGAGGAUUUUCCACCCCCUUGCUUAAGUGUAUAUCUAAGGAAGAGGCACAGUAUGUAAUGGAUGAACUCCACAAUGGAGUUUGCGGAUUCCAUUCCGGGCAACGAACCCUUAAGGCCCGGAUACUACGGGCCGGGUAUUACUGGCCUACGAUGGAAGAAGAUUCCCGCGUCUUCACCAAGAAGUGUCUACGGUGCCAAGCGCACGCCAACGACCUUCGGGCCUCGCCCCACUUGCUCCACUCUAUCGCCGCGCCGUGGCCUUUCUCCCAAUGGGGUAUGGACAUCGUAGGACCUUUCCCGGUCGGCACCGCACAGAAAAAGUUUUUACUAGUAGCAGUAGAUUAUUUCACCAAGUGGGUGGAAGCCGAACCAUUAGCAACCAUAACGGCCGGUCAAGUACAAAAAUUUUGUUGGAAGCUGAUCUGCAGGUUCGGCCUUCCAAAAAUGAUCAUCACCGACAAUGGAAGACAAUUCAUAGACAGAAAGUUAAGGGAGUUCUACACGAACCUGGGAAUCAAACACAUUACCAGCUCCGUAGAACACCCCCAGACCAACGGACAGGUAGAAGCUGUGAAUAAGACCAUUGUGGCGGAAUUAAAAAGAAGGUUAGGUCAGAAGAAGACGGCAUGGGUAGAAGAAUUGCCCGAGGUCCUAUGGGGAUACAGAUGUACCCCCCACGGAACAACAGGCGAAACCCCUUUUAACCUCACGUACGGUGUUGAUGCCAUGUUACCGGUGGAGUUAGGGGAACCCUCUUUGAGAAGGCAAAUUGAAGACAUCGCACUCAACGACCAGGAGCUACGGGUCGAACUGGACACGGUCGAGGAACGUCGUGACCGGGCGGCACUCAGAGCAGAGGCGUGCAAAAGAAUGGUCGAAAGAAGAUACAACUCAAAGGUACGCCCAAGAGACUUUCAAGAGGGUGACCUGGUGUGGCGCAAGACAGGAGAAGCAAGACGGACUUCGUCACAUGGAAAGUUAGCAACUAACUGGGAAGGACCUUAUCGAAUCAUCGCAGCCCUUAACAACGGAGCAUACCGCCUGGCCAGGCCGGACGGACGAGAGCUCCCCAACACUUGGAACGCGACCCACCUGAAGUACUACUUCAGUUAA